AUGGGAAGACCAAAAAAGAAUCAACGUGCGCAGAAACGCCCUCUAGAAACAGCGCAAUGGGAGACCUGGGGGUUCAAGAAGGCAGCAAAACUGGAACAUACCGCGCCGAUAGCAGAAGAAGCAUCACAAUAUAUUGGAUGUGGGCUUGUGAACGAAACUUCGCCAUCGAUAGCGGAGUCUGGUGAUAUUAUCAAUACAGCAGUCGCAACCACGGAGCCUGCUGUGAGCCCAUCAUAUGAGUCCCAACCUCAUAGCCGUUAUGAGAGCCUCCUCCGCAGUAUUUUAAAUGGAAUGGCAGCAUAUGCCCGAUCUCCAUCAUACUCUUCAGCUGCGAUGAGCCCCGGCUUUGCUGAAAUCCUACGAGAAGAAAGCCCUGAGGAGAUACUUCAAAAGCUUCUACGUGGCAUCACGUCGGAGACGAAAGCUUUGCUCCAGAAAGAACGAUGGACCUACGAUGAUAUUCUCCAGCUACCUACGGGUCAAAAACAACAUAACAUACAAGGAGUAUAUGGCAUCUUUGCCCUUGGCCACAAGCCCAAAGCAGCUAGCUAUGUCGGCAGUACCGGCAAUAUAUGGAGGAGAUGGGGCCAGCAUAGGAAUUACAUCAAGCAUACAGAAGGCAUAUGGCCAGCAGCAAAUGAUUACAAGUAUCAUUACUUCCGCAAGUAUUUCGAGAUCAAGGAUCUGCAGUACAAGAUACUUGCUAUGUUUGACGAACCUAUCGAGGACCAAUAUUUGAAAAUGCUCGAAGAACCGCAAUAUGUAAUUGAAGAGGAAGGUUUGCCGACUCCGCCAUUGUUGGAAGUCGAGAACGAGAGGUACAAUCAGGUGGUACCUGAUAACCUGGACAAUGCGCCGAGACAGGUCGGCAAUGGUAUAACACAAAACGGCGAGAAUGGCAACAAUAAUGGCACUGGCCCGGAACCAGAAGAAAAGGAGAAACCCAUAUCAUGGAGCCAACUUCCCAAAAAGACUCAACUACUCAUCCUCGUCCUGGCCCGACUAUCAGAACCUCUUACCCAGACCUCACUCCAAGCAUAUCUCUUCUACCAAUUGAAGUCCUUUGMCCCCUCGCUUCCGGACUCUACGAUCUCGCGACAAGCCGGUAUCUUCCAAGGAAGUUUCACAGCUGCGCAGUUCCUGACUUCUGUAUGGUGGGGGCGAGCAGCUGAUUCGCACUGGGUUGGAAGGAAGCGAGUUUUGUUAGUUGGUAUGCUCGGCACUCUCAUAUCGUGUGUCGGAUUUGGAUUCUCGAGGUCUUUCACGGCGGCGAUUAUAUUUCGGAUUCUGGGCGGGUUGAUGAAUAGCAACGUUGGGGUCAUGAGGACGAUGGUUUCGGAGAUUAUUGUUGAGAAGAAAUAUCAAUCACGCGCGUUCCUGUUGUUGCCAAUGUGUUUCAAUGUUGGUGUGAUUAUAGGACCUAGUUUAGGCGGAUUUCUGGCAGAGCCCGUCACCAGUUUCCCGGGUCUGUUUGGACCGGGUUCUUUUCUUGGUGGUAAAGAUGGAGUGUGGUGGAUGCAACAUUGGCCUUACGCAUUGCCGAACCUCGUCAGUGCGGUCUUCAUUCUCUCGGCGUGGGCUGGAAUUUUCUUUGGUUUAGAGGAGACUCAUGAAACACUCAGGCAUCAACCUGACUGGGGCCGAAAACUUGGUAGCGCAAUAGCUAGACGAUUCAGACGCAAUCAAGGAUAUAGUUAUCGUCGACUAGACGACGAUGAAAGAUCCGUCUUUCUUGAAGACGAUGACGACCUGGUGCCGGACAGCGAAACAAUCAGACCAACCGAACCUCUACCCAUGGCACGCAAAAAGUCGACUUGGAAGCAACUCCUCACCAGAAAUGUCGUCCUCACCUUACUAACCCACUCACUCCUCGCAAUGCACACUAGCGCCUUCAACGCCAUGACUUUUGUCUUCCUACCGACCCCUCGUGCCCCCGAAGAUAGUCGCAAAGACUUCUUCCACUUCAACGGUGGCCUCGGCCUAACAACCCAACAAGUCGGUAUCGCAACAUCAGUUAUCGGACUCAUCGGCCUACCUUUGCAGCUUUUCGUUUACCCACGCGUCCAAUUCCGGCUCGGCACUUUGAAGUCUUUGCGCAGUUUCUUGCCUUUAUCUCCAUUGGCGUAUAUGCUCAUGCCAUUCUUAGUCCUCAUCCCGCGAGGCGCUCAGUAUUUGAUCUGGCCUUCGUUCAGUUUCGUAGUAGCGCUGCAAGUUUUGUCAAGAACGUUUGUGCUUCCCGCCGCGAUUAUCCUGGUUAAUAACUCCGUCUCUGAUCCUUCUGUUCUCGGGACGAUUCAUGGAGUGGCACAGAGUAUUUCCAGUGGUGCUCGGACAUUGGGCCCGUUUCUUGGUGGUUUGGGAUUGAGCCUCGGUUUAACGCAUAAUAUCAUUGGCGCUGUCUGGUGGGCGCUUGCGGUGGAAGCGUUGUUUGGUUGGCUUGUGAGUUGGUCGAUAUACGAGGGUGAGGGGAUUCAGAGGAAGAAGGUUGUUCAAGAGGAGGAGGCUUUACUGAACUCGGAAUCUGAGGAAGAAAGAAGAUAG